CUUCUGCUUCUUCCUCUCGCCUCCCUGACACACUCUCACCGCUGCACUCGACCCAGUGUGUGGAGACGCCCUGCCCUACCUUCAGGUAGUUGAGCGUUGUUUAUCUGAUGGACGGUUGGUGAAGAUUGAAGCCCAGAGAAGUAGAGCAUUGAGGAAGUUCUGACUUUCUGUUCAGUUCUGAGGAAAGAUGCAGUCCGACCACGCAGUCUCUGGAGAAGGUCCGAGACACAGGCAGAAAGUGUUACUGGCUCUACAUGUAGAUUGUAACCAACUAUCUUGAUGGUCUUCAGCUAAGGAUCUGGAAGACAAGAACUCAAGAGUCAUCUUUUCUGGCUCUGGAGCUGAAGUUGUCUGAAGUGUUGAUGCUGUAUUUUUCCAUGCUCUUGCUCUCCGGCUCUUCAGAUUAAGUGCGAAGGUUUGGACGUGGGUGGCAGUUGACAUCAGCAAAGACUUUCCCUCCAUUUUGAAAUGGAGAACUUUUUUUACACGUGGUUGUUUUAAAACCCUAUGACUUAUAAUUGUACCAUUUGAAAUUGUUUCCAUGAAGACACUGAAGGACAUUUCAACUUUAUUGUCAUUGUGCAGAGUACAGGCACAGGUAAGCCUAACCUAACCUAGCCUAAAAAAAAACUAUAUUCUUCAAACUGAGGACCCUGUGAGACUUGUAUUUCUGGAUCUCUGGCUAUUGUGGUUUGAACAAAAGGGACUCCAGAGAGACUCCCGACAGGAGAGGAGUUCAAUCUGAUCUUUACAGUAGGAAAAUCUUUGCAGCUGAGUGUUGGAUAGAGUCUCCUUCCUGGAUUUCCUGAAGCAAGUGGUCAUGGGUAACGUCGCAGGGCCCCUGGAGCAGACGGAGGGCCAGGAGAAUUCCACCAGUGGGGUCACUGGGGUCACUGCCGGGGUCACCCCUACCGCCACCGUGAGGAAAAAACCUGCCGCCCCCCCAAAACUGCCCAUACCUCCCGAGGAUGAGCUCGAGGAGAGAUUCAAUGUGGUGUUGAGCUCCAUGAACCUGCCACCGGACAAGAUGAAGCUGCUCAGUCAGUACGACAGUGAGAAGAAGUGGGAGCUGGUGUGCGAUCAGGAGCGCUUCCAGGUGAAGAACCCUCCCUCAGCCUACCUGAACAAGAUCCGAGCGUUCUACCAGGACCAGGGGGGAGUGGCCCGCAGAUUUAAGAAGCGGGUCCAGGAGUCCACACAGGUUCUGAGAGAGCUGGAGAUCUCCUUGCGCACCAAUCACAUUGGGUGGGCUCAAGAGUUUCUCAAUGAGGAGAAUAAUGGCCUUGAUGUUCUGGUGGACUACUUAUCCUCUGCCCAGUGUGAUAUGCCGUGUGAUGCGGAGGCUCUGGAGAACGGAGGUGCCGUCUCGGAGAGGACUCAGUCAGUGGAUCGCUCGGUGGAGGAUCUGGCCAAGGGCGCUGGCAGCUCCACAACCUAUGGCAUGACCCGUGCCGCCCGUGCCCUCACCGUCCGCGUCAGUGCCCAACUGAGUUCGUUGGCCAAUAGCAGGAAGACCAUAAAGAAUUCCCGUCUGGCCAUACAGAGGGAGGAUGUUCAUGUCUGCAUCAUGUGUCUCCGUGCAAUCAUGAACUACCAGUCUGGAUUCAAUCUGGUGAUGACGCAUCCUCGCUGUGUUAACGAGAUCACACUCAGUCUCAACAGCAGGAACCCCAGAACUAAAGCUCUGGUGUUGGAGCUGCUGGCUGCUGUGUGUCUGGUUAGAGGAGGACAUGACAUCAUCAUUUCAGCAUUUGACAACUUCAAAGAGGUGUGUGGGGAGAAAAAUCGAUUUGAGAAACUGAUGGAGUACUUCAGAAAUGACGACUGUAACAUUGACUUCAUGGUGGCCUGCAUGCAGUUUAUUAACAUAGUGGUUCACUCAGUGGAGAACAUGAACUUCCGAGUGCACCUGCAGUAUGAGUUCACCCAGCACAGCCUGGACUCCUACCUGGAGGAGUUGAAGAGCACGGAGAGCGAGAAGCUGCAGGUGCAGAUUCAGGCCUACCUGGAUAAUGUGUUUGAUGUGGGAGCCAUGCUGGAGGAUGCUGAAAACAGGGGACCAAUACUAGACCACGUGGAGGAGCUGCAGAACCACAACCAGCAGUUGACUGACAGGCUGGAGGAGUAUGAAAAAGAUGCUGGAGAAAAGAUUUCUGAACUGGAGAAACAACUGAUGCAGGCCACAAAGGAGGCAGCAAUUCUGAAGGAGAGCUUGAAGGACUCCUGUGCUCAGGUGGGCUCUCUGCAGCAGAGAGAGAGAGAGCAGGAGCUGGAGAGGGAGAGGGAGCGCGAGCGUGAACGCCUCUCACGGCACCCUGAGCCAGAGAGGACGCGAGAGGGCGAGAAGCCGGAGGAGAAGAGCAGGGAGGUGCCCCAGGACUCCCAGCUGAUGGAGCGCCUGAAGGCUCUGGAGGAGCAGGGCCUGAUUCGGAUGGAGCGUCACGCCUCUGGAACUCUGGACAUCCAGGUGGUCCAGGCUGCUCUGGCACCCGCAUCCACAGCCUCAGAGGCCGCCCCCUCAGCGGUGGAAACUUCAUCUCCGGCCGCUCCUUGUGCAGCUCCUCCUCCCCCUCCUCCACCACCCCCUCUUCCAGGAGCUGCAGCCCCACCUCCACCUCCUCCUCCCCCGCCCCCUCCACCUGGUGGUGUUCCACCGCCUCCCUCUGGUGGAGGCCCCCCGCCUCCACCUCCACCACCAGGAGCACCAGGGCCACCUCCUCCUCCCGGAGGGGCGCCUGCUGAAGGUGGUAAGAGCCGUAAACCCAUCCAGACUAAGCACCGAAUGCCACUACUGAACUGGCAACCUCUGAAGCCAAACCAAGUGUCAGGCACCGUGUUCAGUGAGCUGGAUGAUGAGCAGGUCCUUGAGGAGUUGAACAUGGACUUAUUUGAGGAGCAUUUUAAGACGAAGGCCCAGGGUCCCCCUGCAAACCUGUCCACUCUGAAGGUGAAGGUAUCUAAGCAGGCCUCGAGCAAGGUGUCCCUGAUAGAGAGCAACAAGGCUAAGAACCUGGCUAUCACCCUGCGCAAAGGUGGCAUGAGCCCCAGAGACAUCUGUGAAGCCAUAGAGACGUACAGCCAGCAGGCCUUGAGUCUGGACUUCUUAGAGCUGCUGGAGAGGUUUGUGCCGUCGGACUUUGAGCUGAAGCUAAUGCAGAACUACGAGCGCGAGGGCCGGCCUCUGGAGGACCUCUCAGAGGAGGACCAGUUCAUGAUACGCUUUGGCAAGAUCCCGCGCCUCGGCAAACGCAUCACCACACUCACCUUCAUGGGUAACUUCCCAGAGAGUCUCAAGCGUCUGCAGCCUCAACUGAACUCCAUUAUUUCUGCCUCCAUAUCCAUUAAAUCCUCCAGCAGCCUGAAGAAGAUGUUAGAGAUCAUUCUGGCCUUUGGGAACUACAUGAACAGCAGUAAGAGAGGAGCUGCCGGAGGCUUCCGUCUGCAGAGUCUGGACCUGCUGCUGGACACCAAGUCCACAGAUCGCUCCCAGACUCUGCUGCACUUCAUAGCCAACAUGGUGCAGGAGAAAUACCCCGAUCUGGCCUCCUUCCACACCGAGCUGAAGUUUUUGGACAAGGCUGCCCUGGUGUCUCUGGACAGUGUCAUGCAGGACGUGCGUAAUCUGGAGCGGGGAAUGGAGACGACCCAGAAGGAGUUCCUGGUGCAAGACGACAACCCCGUCCUGAAGGAGUUCAUCAAUGUCAACAGUGAGAAGAUUGAUGCCCUCAACAAAGAUGGCAAGGCUGCACAGGAGGCCUUUGUCUCUGUGGUGGAAUACUACGGUGAGAAUCCCAAGACCACACAGCCCUCUAUGUUCUUCUCCCUCUUCAACCGUUUCUGCAAGGCCUAUCAGGUGGCCCAUCAGGAAAAUGAGCGGAGGAAAAAGCUGGAGGCUCAGAGCAGUGAAGAACCAACAGAUGUUCAGCCCUCUCCAGUAAAGAAAGACCAGGCCGGACCUAAGAGACCCAUGAUGCCUCAGAUGGAUCUGAUCGCUGAGCUGAAGAAGCGGCAGGUGAAGCCACAGGUGACAGACGGGGCCAUCGAUGACAUCAUCACAGACCUGAGAAAUCAGCCAUACAGGCGGACGGAUGGACGAAGACCAGCACAGCGGCAGGACACCUAAAGUACACACAUAUGGCUUCACGGUCCUCCCAGUUCAGUGUGAUGUAAAUUUACGUAUGUGUCCAUGUGUAAUGCUGUAUACUAGCGUAAAGCUUUAUGGUGAUGGCCUAAAAGUCACUGUGGUUUACUGAGACUACGCUGCAUAAAGACUAAAGACGUAAUGUAUAUAAGACGGAUGAAAUUCCCCAAACUAUUUCGUGGUCAGUCUUUAACUUUAGUGUAACUCGAAUGGCAGGUUUUGUAAGGUACUGCAAGGACUUUUGAAUAGAUUUCCAGAAUUAAGACAAACCAGCUUUAGACACAUAUUUCAUUACUCAUGACUUCAUUGAAUAUUUUUCUUUGACUGUUGAAAGUUGAAAAUAACAAAAUGGUCUGUGUUCCUUCAGCAGACAGCUUACUUUUGAAAAUAUCUGUGACAUUGUAUACAAAUAUCUGUGUAAACGACAAAGUGAUUUUUCUCUUUUGUUGCCAAUGGCAUAUACAAUAAUGGAAAAUAAAUUCUGAACAGAAGAGAUGGUCUCAGGAUGUAAAUAAUUUUGAAAUUGUCAAUUUAGAAUAAAAGUCUCCAACCUGUUGA